AUGAGUGAGCCGCCUAACAGGUUGUCUUCUGAUUUUUUUUUUUCAGUUUUGUUCUUUUUUCAGUAAACUGCAGUUUUUGCUGCCAUCCUUAGCGAAAAAGUGCGAGACAAGAAUUCGGUGCAUUUCCCGUAAAAUUUGUUAGUUUUUUUUUUGUUAAAUUGAUCUUUCAAAUGUUACUUAAUUUAUAGCAGAACAAAACGAAGCAGCUGGCUUCGAGGUGACUUUGUCGUUUGAAGGAAUACCCGCUUUUCUUCUUUCUUUUAAAGGCUCUGGACCAACAGAAUCGUAGGAAUUCUUUUCAACAUCAUUUCUAUGUAUUUUUCAGAAUGGCACAAGUCAACUCAACCCUACAUUUCUUGAAAGUUUUCAAUAAUGAAUACAUUCUAAACAAAACUUUGUACGAAGCACUUUGUAAAGAUUGGGUUUGUGAGAUAAUUUUAUUCCCGAAUCUUCAAUACUUUUCAGGCCGUAGACCAAGAAGGUUAUCGCCGUUUGUUUCUCACUGUUAAGGCCUAUCAAUAUUUUCUUGUCAAGGAUUUCAAAGAAUUGGCUAAGGUUUUCAAUUAUCGUCAAUACUUGAAAAAGAUUCAUUACAAUAUUUUAAUAUCAUUCAAUGUUUAAUUGAAUAUAUAUAUUUUUUUCACAGUUCGGCCAACUCGAUGAAGUUUCCGACCCAUACUAUCUUGAAUCCGCCCAAAGGCUGCGAUCAAAAAUUGACAAGUUUAUUAAACUCGGAAUCUCGUUCAACUUUUGUACUGCCCCACGUUUUCUCGACUUUAUAAAGGUAGGUAUUUCUCGAAUUAUCCGGUCGAACUUAAAAAAUUAAAGGAAAAUACUCCACCAGUUUCUCCACCGGAUUCGCCAGAAACAUCGCCUUGCAGUAGUGCGAGUGCCAUAUCCAAAGGUGUUUUAAUUUUAUAUCUUUUUCCUGUUUCAAGAAAUAUCGAGUGAGAGAGAGAUCAAAUUGUUUCAGACAUCGACGAGGCGGCAGAAGGAAGCGACGGUUUGGAGAUCGUAAGCGAGUAUCGGCGAGCGGAAACGCAAGAAGACGACGAAAUUCAAGUCCUUGAAAGGGCCGAAAAGGUCCUGCGAAUUCUGGUGUACAACUGUGAAUGAGCAAUAAUAGGAAAAGUUUUUCCAGUUAUUCAAAAGAAUUUUCAACACUGUAAAAGGUUUUUGUUGAGAAAAAAGGAAAGCAGAUAUUAUUGUAUUUUUAGCGUGAUUUUUUAUAAGAUUUGAGCUUUUUUUUUCCGAAAUUAGUUCAAAUAAAAUCUUAAAAACCGUGAAAAAGCAACGUUUCCCAUGUUUUCAGAGAGAUCUUUUCUCACCUACAGAAUUGGCUGAAAAUGGGUUACCCAGGAAGCGCAGGUACCAGUCCGGAAGCAUCCAAGAUCAGUUCAAGCCGCAAAGUCACUCUUCUCUGUAAUAUUCUCUUCCCUAGCUGUAAUUGAUCGAUUUCAACUAGGGCUAAGAGAGUGGCGGCUGAUCUUCUGGAAGUGAGAAGCAACUGCGCUCCACCGCAAAGUUCGUGUAUCGUGAUCAGCGAUUCUGACGGAGAAGUUUCGCCCACAGAGACCAUCACAAUCACUUUCAAUGGGUCUUCCGGCGUCUCUGAUUCUGCUGGAAGUAGGCUCCGUUCCAUUGAAAUGAUGAAAAUAAUAUCGAAAAAGCCUUGGAAAAUGGGGCUCGAAAAUGGGCGAAAAAAAAAGAGGGAAAAGCUGUUUGUUCAUAGCUCGCCGCUCCAGGAUUUUGAGAAUCAACGCAAAAAAAUAUUUUUUUAAAGUUUUAUAGUUCUGCUACACACUUUAAAGACAGAUUUUUUCAUGAUCGUGGCCUGUGAAGAGGAAAUAGUUGAAAAUUCAACCUCUUCGGGAUCUUUAAGGUCUCAAAAUUUAAAAUAAAUAUUUUUCAACUUUUGGCUUACUUUUGGUUAGUUCGAAAUUUGAUCAGUAUUUGGAAAGAAUAGAAAAUCUUGAACGAAAGAUCAUCGAAGUGAGUGAAAAAAAAAAGAUUUCAGAUCUUUUUCUAUUAGGUUGCCGUUAAAUUUCUACCGUUUUAACUUUUCUUCAUGAAAAAAAAAUUAGUUAAUAUGUAUGAGAUGAAUUUGUGGGUUUGGUUCUUGGCGCCAAGUUUUAAUGAACAAGGUUAAUAUUUUAAUUGUAGGGACUAUCGUGGAUUCUGGAACUUCGGCUGAUUCAUGCCAGCUGCGGAUUGAACGUCUAGUUUCUGAGAAAAACGUCGGUUUUUUUUCUUUUUAUUCAAACUCUUCCAAUUUUUAGGAGAGCGAAAAUGUCAUCAACAUGCGUUGGGAGAACUUGGAUUUGGCGGCUUUCGAUGAGGCGAUUCGAUCGGCCAGCGCCACUCCCGUCUGCAUGAACAGCACAGAUCUCCAGCCAGUCUCAGACGACGAAUCUGUCGAAUUGGCUAGUUUUUCUAUAUCGAAAAAAUGCGCGGAAAAAGGUUUUAUCUGGUCUUUGGUCUAAACGAUAGCUCAAUUUUUUUUUUGAAGGGAAGGGGCCUAAAGGAGGAGAAUUUCAUUAAAUUAUAAAAAAAUACGUUCAUUGGCUUUCGAAUUUUGUUUGCUUCUAAUUCAAUUUUAUUUUAUUUCAAAGAGCCAUGAUUUUAUAACGAUUUGUGUGUAAGAAAAAAUUCAGCUGUUAUAACGUGUUCGGUUGAAUCAAGAUGAUGAGAGUUCAUUCAACUUGAGACAAAAGUUCGUAACUUUGCCUCGACAUCGACCUGCUCUUUCACCUUCGUUGUUCUUGCGAAUAACGAUUUUGAUAUUAUUGUCUUACAGGGUGAUCUGAUCGAUGCGACGGCGGACGAAGACAUGUCAUCGUUGGAGUCGGAAGAAGGCGAAGUGAGCGACAGCCACGACGACAACGGCGGCUCUGGAAACCUUCCGACGCCUCCAACACAAGACGGUGGAACUUCUGGAGUUGUUGCGAGACCUGAUUCGAAGGACCGUUCCUCGCCCGGCCUCCAGCACAUCGAGGGCGCCCUCCACAAUGAAGUCUUCCUCGCUUCUUUCGGAUUCCUGCCGCAAGACCUCUACGGCGGCCAUCCGUCGGUCAACGCUUGGGCCUCUGCCAACAAUCUGCCGCUUUCUGCUGGACAGACUCUUUUCGGCGUCGUUUCCAACAUCUAUGCGGUUUGUAAUCGUUUUUCUUUGAUUAUAUCUCUGGCUAUAUAUAUAUAUAUAUAUAUAUAUAUAUAUAUAUAUAUAUAUACGAUCAUUCGUCUUGAAGUAUGAAGAAAAAAAAAAAUGAAAAAAUGACAAGAGGCUUUUAUUAGUUUAGCUUGUUUCCUUGUUUCCACGUCGAUAAUGAAUUUUAUGGAGAGUUUUUACACCAAAUGUCUACGAAACUUCUUUUUGCUUAUUUGAAGCUACCGAGCUCUCUCUCAUAUUGUUCAUUUCAAAUCUAACCUUUUUUCGAGUGAUUUUCAAGACUCGUUAGAAAAAAACAUAAUGAAAGUUGAAACUCGAUGAUAACCGGAAUUCGAAUACGAUUUUCUCUUCAACCAUUGUUACAAUCAUGGCCUAUGCGGUCAAAUUUCGGCUCUCAUAGGUUCCAUUUGUUUUCUUUUUAAUAUUUUCUAGAAGGUUCUUUUUCACCGACAUUAUUUCAGACGAGUGUCGUCGAAGAUGCAGUCCGCAGUAUUGCGGAUCGGGCUCCGGAAUCUCUGAAGAUAUUGGACGAGCAGAUCUGGAAGCACAUGAGUCUCACUUGCCUUGUCAGUCCUCAAAAGCUUUCAAAAGGAUGUUUCUUUUUUUUCAGAAACGAGAAAACUUCCAGUUGAAAAUGGAAGUGCGGCACGCAUUGCUGUCUAUGAUGAAAUCGGUGAUUUUCUUUUCUGUUUUAUUUUUUGCGGGGAAUCUAGUUUUACUGUGCGUGUAUAAGGGCAUUCAAUUAUAACAAAACCACGAAAAAUUGAAAAUUAGAAAGCGAACACAGGGAAGAACGAGGUUGAAUUUAAUAACCGUCUUUGAAACGCCUGCUCUAUAGAAAAAAACUUAUCGAUUUGGUCAAUAGGGAAAAAAUGGCAAAUAUAUAUCUUCUCUCUGGAGUUCUUCCAAUUAAUAUCUCAUAAAUUAUCUUUUUUUUCGAAAAAUUAUCCCUGCUUCUACCAUAUAUUGAUAGUUUCUGUACCGAAAACUACGAUUAUAUUUUUAAAAUUAAGAUUUUGAACGAUGAAGUUUUGCUUUGCGCCGUCGGCUCUACGGUCAACGGCUGCGGCUCUUACAACUCGGACAUCGAUCUGUGUCUUUGCACUCCGAUGGACUCCUCGAAGCCCAACAACGCCCACAACUUCAACACGGAUCGGCAGUACGUGGAGAAACUGGGAAUGGAAAAGCAGUUUGAUGAGUUAGAAAAAGAAGGAUCAACUCAUCUUUUUUCGUAUUUCUAUUGAACCUCCCUUUUGAAAUUCCUCCACGAUGCUCAUUUAAGCUUGAAUACGUUCUGAAAUUUCAAUCCAACUUCUAUUCAAAGUUUUCAGUAUCUAAACUGAGGUCCUGAUGAAAAGAUUUAGAGCUUUUUAUCUCCAAAUUUUCAAAGAAAGAGGUUGUUUUAAUGUACGAUCUCAAGUCACAAUGUCCCGUUUUUGUACCGGAUUUCCAUAAAAUGUUCCAGAUACGCGAAGAACCUUCUUUAUACGGUUUUUAUGGCCGUUUCCAGACCUAUGCCAAAUUCAAACAUUGCAAAUUUAGUUGCUAACUGCCAGAUAAUCAACGCCAAGGUAUCGAUUGUCCAUCAAUCUUUUUUACCCAAGUGUAAAGGUGCCGAUAAUUCGAUUCUGGCUGACGCCCCCUUAUGAAGGCCUCGACAUCGACGUCAACGUGAAUAACGUCUCCGGAAUUUACAAUUCUCAUCUCAUUCACUACUAUUCUCGGUAUGUUUGAUGCUACAAGAAAUUUCGAUCCUCAAAAUGGGGAUAGUUCUAAAGAAAAAGCUGGAAAAAAGAAUCGUGAAGGGGAAGAAAACAAUUAGAAGAAAUUAUGUUUAUUUCUUCCGUUAAGCACUGGAAAGCAUAGUUUUUGAGUUCUGAUUUGAAGAUUGGACAGCCGUUUUCCUGCUCUGGCACUUCUGGUCAAGCAUUGGGCCAUCAAACAGAAGAUCAGCGACGCUUUGACCGGAUAUUUCAACAGGUUUCGAUCCAAAAGCCCCAAAAUCAACUCUUUUUCCGCUCAGUUACUCGUUGAUCCUCCUCGUCAUUCACUAUCUGCAGUGCGGCGUCCAUCCGCCCGUUCUGCCCAAUCUUCAAGUUUGAACCCUCUUUUUUCGCUCUCAUUUUUCGAUUCAAGAGAUUGUUUCCCGAGUAUUUCUCGCUUGAUAUUCCUCUCAACAGUCUCGUACUAUUCCACAGAAGGUUUCCGCUUCCUGGUUAGUUUUAAACUGUCUUUUUGAGAACUGAACAAAGAAAGGCCCAUUAAAAAAAAAACUUCCAACCGACGUUCCCUCCGAUUUCUCUCGUUCAUGUUUGCUUCUGGUAGAAAAGUCAAAAAAGGUUGAUUAUUUACAAAUUUUCAUUUAUGUUUCUUAUUCUUAUGAGUAUUUUUCUUCUAAUGAGUAUUUUUUUUUAAAAUAUUUAACAUAAAAAUUAUAAAGAUAUAAAGAAAAAAAGUUCGCAAUAAAAAAACGGUGAGUGUUUUUAAAAGUUGAAAAAUUUCAAUUAACUUCGUGUUUUUCCUUAAAAAACUAACAUAAUUUUUUUUUUCUUGGAAUCUUCGCGAUCAGAACAUUUGAAAAUUUCCAAUCCGCUUCUCGCAUGCCUUGUUCAGAUGCUCCAGUCAACACUUGGCUCCUGGGGGAACUGCUCAUCGGAUUCUUCCAGUACUAUUCGCGAUUUGAUUUCGCCAACUAUGGAAUUUCUAUCAGAGAGGGCAGGGUUAUUCCGCGGUUCACACUUUCCGAACUUCUACUUUGACCAUAUGAAAAGUUGCAGAGGGCGGAUAAAGGCGAGCGGCGAAGUUUACAUCGAGGAGCCCUACGACACGUACAACACGGCUAGGUUCUUAUUUUUCAGUUUGACAGCUCUUCAAAUGAUUUUGAAAGAGUAUUUAUUGUGUUAAUGUUAUUUAUGAACCGACAAAGUUAACCUAGGAAAAAAAACAAGUAUAUUGUGAUUCUGCCUGCGUUUAACUUUGCACACCUGAAGCUUUUAUAAUUGGAGACAAACGAAGAAAAUAUUGACGUAUGAUUAGUUGUCUGUUAUCGGGAUUCUACGAUUUUUGAGCAUUUCUUGAUAAUUCAAAUCAUUCUCUCUUUCGAUUCAAAAGAAUGAGAAAAUUUUGCAGAACGGUGACAGAUCCCGAACGGAUGAGGCACAUCCGCGAGAAGUUUGCCGAAGCCUGCGAAGCCUUUUCCAAGCCAGAGUUCAGCCUCGCGGAUAUUGGCGUUGUUAUCAGUGAUUAG